AUGUUUUAUCUGAGAGUUGUGAUCACUGUUCAACCGAGGCCAAAAUCUAUUCCCACGUCAUUUGUCAACCUCUUCUUGAAGUCCCUGGGGAUGAUGGUCAACGUGGACAAGAAUAUUCUCCCCGAAUACGACUCGGUUGUUGCUCUGUUCGAAGAAAGCGUGGAUGGUUUGGAAGCUGCCGAAAGUGUACUGAGGAGGUUCCUGGAAUUGAAGAAACGUCUGACCUUACCUGAGAAUCUAUCGAAACAAACGGAAUACAUGAAAGAGGUGUCCAACCGGUGCCAACUGCGUCCGAAUGCAACCCAGCCGGAGAAAGUUGAAGCCCUGCGUCGUGUUCGUGAUCUUCUCGUGAAAUACUACCGAUUGAAACCAAAGACUUUGUUGUCGACACCAGUUGUGGCGCCGCCGCCGGCUGCCACAAACGGCGUCCCUCAUCAUUCUCGAACCGCGCCGGGUGCCCCUGGAAGACUGUUGGAGGAACUAGUGUUGCCGAGACCCAAUGACCCGUCAGGAGUGGCCAAUAAUAAUUGGCGUCGCGGGAAGCCCGAGGAAUUGAUGUUGUGCUGGUUUGGCCGUUGCAACGUGUGCAAUAAGAACUGUCACCGACGGUUGCCGCAUGCGACGGCCGACGGCUACACAAUUUGCACGUCGUGCCAACGCCCGGGAAUCGUGAAACGGAUGAAGUGCAAAUUCGGGAUCAAGUGUCACGUGAAGAAGAGGGAAGACAUGAAGGAGAUGACGGAGCAACAGCGCCGUGGCGGCGAAGAAGUGUUGGACGCGAAUGGUUGUGUGGUGGGCUGCUGGUGCAGCAGAUGCCGGUCGUGUUCCGAGCUCCAGCAUUUUGUGUCCGCCACGAGACCGUCUGUGCAGCAGUGUAACAAGUGUGGGAAGAUUGCGCACUUUGUCAUGGAACCUUGCACGCAUUCGAGGUGUGUGCAGGAGAGGCUGGAAAAACGCCAGAGGGAGAGAGUGUGA